AUGGGGGGUCCGCAGCCAGACAUGCGAACGGAGAACGGCGACGCGGUGCCGCGCGCGAACUACGACGCCAACUCGCAGAAGGCGACGUAUGCGAAGCGCGUCCGACGCGGCGAGGAUCCGAAGCCAACGGCGCACUCCGGCGUGCAGAUCGCCAAUCGACCCGUCGCAGCCGCUGCGGAUCCGCAGCGGGUGAACAGCAACCUGGCCGGUGACGGCCCCGCCUUUGCGCGUGCGGUCGCGGAGCCGGCGCAUUACUCCUUCAACGUCGACCACAGCUCCUUUGCGCGUGAUGCGUACCGCAGUGGCGCGCUCCGGGCCGGCUCCUACCACGGCUCCAUGUACAGUGGCAUGGGCAUGAACCCAUUGAUGGGGUCCAUGAUGAUGGGGGGCGGACCCAUGGGUUCGAUGUACGGCAUGGGCAGCAUGUACGGCAUGGGGAUGACGCGGCCCGCCUCACUCUUCGGCUCCCUGUACGGCAUGGGUGGUCCGAUGGGCUCCAUGUACGGCAUGAAUCCGAUGAUGGGUGGGUCGAUGUACGGCAUGAAUCCCAUGAUGAUAGGCUCCAUGUACGGGAUGGGCGGUGGAAUGGGUUCGAUGUACGGCAUGGGCCCCCCGAUGGGCGGGUCCAUGAUGGGGCUGAUGGGCGGCUCCAUGUACGGCGGCAUGCCCGGCGGCGGUGGCAGCCAGUUCGGCCCGAACGGCUACGGCAGCGUCUACGGUAACCAGAACGGCAGUAUGGGCGGCGGUAAUGGCGGUUCGCAGUACAACGGCGUGGGCGGCGCACCGAGGGGGUACGAGGCCGCAAACGGCACCGGACCGACCGGUGUGAACGGCGCUGGGGCGGCGCGGGGCCCCGCCGGCGUGGGUGCUGUGUCACCCGGGCAUCCCAACAACUCUGCCGGUGCUGGUGCCACCGGCGUGUCCCCAUCGCAGGCAACUGAAGCCAGACAACAGCAACCGCUGCCGGAUGCCAAAUCCGCUCCGCUGACCCCGCAGCCCAACCUGGCCACCAUGCCCGCCGCGGGGAACGUGGGCUCUGGCGCGGCGCAGGGCAGCGAACGGAGGAGCGGCAUGGUGGGCAUGUUGGUGCUCGCCGCCGCGGCGGAUCCGGACGAGACGGUGGAGCUGCCGGGCGGCGCUGCGAGUGCGCUGACGCCGCAGGAAGUUUUCCGAACCGGCCCCGACGCCGAGUCCACGGCGACGGCCGUGAAGGAGUCGCCGCUCUGCCAGCCCAUCUUCACCAGCGUCGGCAGCGGCCACAACGCGGCUGUGCUCAUCGCCACAGAUGACACGUCCGAGUCGCGCGCCGCGUCAGCUGCGGUUGUGCGGACGAUGCUGGCGGAGGUCGUCGGCGUGAUGGAGCGAGCGGCGUCGGCAAAUGGGGAGCUAGGCUACUACGACGCGCGCAUCUCGGUCUGCGUGCUGAACAACGCGAAGGAGGCGGUGGAUAUGGUGGCCGGCGGCGCGACCAAGACGCCAGAGGUGGGCUCGCACCCCGUCUUCGGCGCCGCCUUCUUGAACAUGGACACUAUCACGGUGCAGAACUCUGCGACGCACUUGCCGAAGGUGGACGCGGUCAUCACGAUGGCCUGCAACACGCCGAGCGCGCCGGUCAUCGUCGUCGACGCGGUGGUGAAGCAGGUGCGGCCCUCGCAGAAGGGCGAGAACCCCAGCGACGUGCUCCUUUCGUCGGUGCUCUUCCUCAUCAGCAACAUGUCGGUGGGCCCGACGACCUUCUUCGAGUCCCUCCGCAGCGACGGCUUUGUGCCGCCGGCCAUUACGAAGAGCUGUGUCGGUGGCGCCUGCUGCACCGUGGCGGUGCUCUGCAUGCCAACAUGCAGCGAGCCCUCCAGUGCGCAGACGGCGCUGGCCUCGCUGCGCAGCAUCCGCGCCGUGCAGAACUCGGCGCCCCGCAGCGGUAACAUCGCCCGCUUCAUCACCUUCGCCACAGGCGAGAACGACAAGCUGCGGCAGAAGCCGGACGUGGACCCGGCGGUGCUGGCGAAGGUAGACACGAUGCUGGCGGAUGGGCGGGCCAUGCUGGCCGAUCCGCGGAACGCCGUCCCAGUCGCCUACCCGAGCUCGCAGCGGCCGCAGGAGCGCCCCGUACAGACUCCGCAACUCACCUCGCGCGACAUCGACGCACACGCGACGGAGAAGGGCCGUGACGUGGCAAACCCGGUGCGCGUGGUGGUGAUCGCCAGCCCGUCCGCGUCGAAUGGGCUGCCGCCCACGUUUGCGAUGGGGGCGGACAACAAGUCGAUUGUCGACGUCGCGACGAACGCGUCGGCGCCGGCGAUGGAGGUGGUGGUGCGGGCGCCGGAGGACUGGCGCGGCAGUGCGACCGCCAAGCAGGUGAACGAAGUGCAGACGCUCUUCCAAAACGGCAACAACACGGCGAUCAUCGGCAACGUCUCGCCAAACGAGGUGAACCAGCUGGACAAGCAGCCGCUCUGGCUGUCCUACAAACGAAUGGUGUCCUCUUUGCUCAGUGUCGCGUCUCAGAAGUACAAGUCUGCGGAGGUGAGUCUGAGCGUCGUCCUCGUCAGCGGUAACGAGAUGCUCGCGGAUUUGCUCACAGGGAUGGACGCCGCAACGCCGGCGCCGCAGGUGCCGCAGAGGCUGUCCGUCGCCUACUCCCCCCUGUUCGGCCCCACCGUGUACAAGGCCACCAUUAUUAAGCAACCCACUCCGUUGCAGCUUGAGUCUACGAUCAACGGCGCCCUCUACCACGUGCCGGCGAUCCUGGAGCAGUACCCGGGCAAGAAGACGCUCAUCGUCGCUUCCGCCGUGAUGAAAGGCGUGACGGGCAGCGACGUGUACACGAGCUCCAUGCUGGCCGCCAGUGCGAUGGACCCAACGCUCUUCCUCAACAUCCUCGACAAAAAGCCGGACGUGCCGCACGACCUCUUCGAGUACGCCUUUGGCGGGCCGUGCUGCACGCUGUUCCUGGCGGAUGUCAUCCAGGGCGACCCCGACGUGGCGCCGCUGAUCGAGCUGAUGCGGCGCCUCGGCGCAACGCAGAACCGCAGCGUGCGCAUUUGCAGCGUAAAGAAGUUCAUCGCCUUUGCGGAGGAGAGUCUGCGCAAGGCGGACGCCAAGGCGGCAGCGGCGAAGUCGGACACAGAGCGCGACUCCAUCUUGCGCAGCAAGAAGAGCAUGGAGGUCUUCUACAACGAGUACAAAACUCUCAUCGAGGAUCCGGAGCACCACGACCCGAAGACGUAUCGCCGCAGCGGUGGUGGCGGCCUCAGCAGCGGUGGCUCCGGCAUGAUCGCCCCAGCAGCCUCCGGUAGCGCAGCGCCAACAGCGUCGACAGGGCGGACACGCAGCGGAAAUGCACUGACAAGUGGGUCACGCGGCAUCGCGACGCCUGGAAAAGAGGGCAGCGGACGGGUAAGCUCGAGUGGCCACCGCAGGGACCGGAAGGACGGUGAUGCGAUCUCCAGCGGAAGUCGACGCAGCGGCUCCAGUCAUCGCAGCGGCUCCAGUCAUCGCAGCGGCUCCGGCAAGUCGAAGGACAAAUCGUCCUCCAAGAAGCCGACGGACAAGAAGCGCGACGAUAAGAAACGACCGAGCAGCAGCGGUAAGGGGGCCGAUGCAGGGUCGCGUAGCAGCAGCCGCAGCGGUGGAUCGAGCCGUCACAGCAGCGGCUCACACCGCAGCAGCAGCAGUGGCGCCAAACGAAGUAGCAGUGGAAACAGCGGUGCCAAGCGUGCCGGAAGCGCUAGCGGCGCCAAACACAGCAACGGAAGCGGUAGCGGUGCCCAUCGUAGCAGCAGCAGUGGCGCCAAACGAAGUAGCAGUGGAAGCAGCGGUGCAAAGCGUGCCGGAAGCGGCAGCGGUGCCAACCGCAGUGGAAGUGGCUCGCACCACCACCACAACCGCUCUUCUUCGUCCAAAUCGAGGUAG